UGGCUCUAGCUCCUCGCAGCUCUCACCUCCACGUCAGCUGCUCUCCCAUUGGUCAGUUCCCUGCGUUCUGCCCUCCCAUUGUCACUGACAUCUACAGUUUGAGCUUUACGAUACGGACCGAGACCACAGAAUCAUUCCCCGGCAACAAUCAGGCCACCAUGCUGUCCAUUCCAGAUCUGAUCAAGAAGAAGAGGGACGGCAAAGCCCUCAGUGAUGAAGACAUCCAGUUCUUCCUCCAGGCUGUAGUUGAGAACAACAUACAGGAAGCUCAAACAGGGGCGAUGCUGAUGGCCAUCUUCAUGAAGGGCAUGGUUGCCACGGAGACGAUGGCCCUGACCAAAGCGAUGAAGCUGUCGGGGGAAGUGCUGUCGUGGCCCGAGGAGUGGGCGGGGCUUGUGGUGGACAAACACUCCACUGGCGGCGUGGGAGAUAAAGUGAGCCUGGUGCUAGCGCCAGCGCUAGCGGCCUGUGGCUUGAAGGUUCCAAUGAUCAGUGGGCGGGGCCUCUCUCAUACUGGAGGAACUCUGGAUAAACUGGAAUCAAUCCCAGGGUUUAAUGUCAGCCAGCCGUUCCCAAAGCUGCGGUCAAUUCUGGCGGAGGUGGGCUGUGUGAUCGUGGGUCAGACUGUCUCUCUGGUCCCAGCGGACCGCAUCCUCUAUGCCCUGAGGGACGCCACCAGCACUGUGGAAAGCCUGCCCCUCAUCACCGGGUCCAUCAUCUCUAAGAAGGCAGCAGAGUCUCUGAACUCCUUGGUCCUGGACGUCAAGUUUGGGAGAUCAGCUAUCUGCAAAGACCUAGCUAGCGCUAAGGCGCUAGGAGAGUCCCUGGUGGCCGCCGGUAACAACCUGGGCAUGAAUACGAGGGCGGUGUUUACCCACAUGAGCAAUCCUAUUGGUCGAUGCAUCGGCAACAGUGUGGAGGUCAUCGAAUCACUGGAGACCCUGAAGGGAAAUGGACCCAGCGACCUGAUGGAGCUGGUCAGCACCCUGGGGGGCGUGUUGCUGGUGAUGACAGGAAAAGUGAGCAGCCUAUCGGAGGGCGGCAGAUUGAUCACUAAGAGUGUGACUGGUGGAGCAGCUCUGGCUAAGUUCCAGGCCAUGAUGGUAGCUCAGGGCGUGUCCAAUGAGAAUGCUCAAUCGCUAUGCUCCGCCCAAGCAGACUACCAUAGCAUCCUGAGGAGAGCAGACCACCAGACAGAGCUACGCACACACACCCAGGGGGUUGUCAUGGAGAUUGAUGGGCUUGUCUUGGCCGAGGUCCUCCAUCAGCUUGGGGCAGGGCGAAUGAAUGCUGGAGAUCCUAUCAAUCACAGUGUCGGGGCGGAGCUACUGGUGUCAUUGGGUGAAAGUGUAAAUAAAGGCCGCCCCUGGUUACGGAUCCACUUUGAGAGUCCGGCUCUGACCCCAGACCAGACGAGUCGUUUGGAGGGCGCUCUGACUCUCGGUGGAUCAGGAGACAAACCUCUCCGAGGAUCACUAAUCGAGGAGAUGAUCCCGCCCAUGUGACCUGUCAGUCAUUGCAUUUAAUGAAGUUCAGCUACCGCCUUAUGAUCAAGAAGAUGAAUGAUGAUUGAAGUUUUCUUUUAAUUGGGGUUAUUGAUAACGUAUAAAAGUUUACAUUUACGCUUUAAACUUUUAAUAUUGUUUCACAUUUCCUCGUCUAGGAACAGGCCAGUGCCUCUCCUACUGAUACGAGGUUUUAUUUCCAACAUUCCCGCAUUUGUUACGUCCCAGUUUUAUUUUUCCGUUCAAUGCAAUUUCCACACUAGUUCCUUUUGGUCGGGCCAAGUCACGAAAUUGCCAGCAGGGUCACUCAAGUGAUUUGUUCAUCUCUGCUAGUUAGUCAAUGUUGAUACGUGUCCUGAAUAGAACUUAAAAAUUUGAUUUGUCCAGGGGUUUUGUUUUACGAUUUACCAGACAAGAUGUGAAACGUUUUUGCAAUAAACUCACAGGUGAGGUUACAUGAAUCGUUAGAGGUUUUUUUUUGUGUUUUCUUCUUUUGAUUCCCGGCAUGGUCACAGAUGCGGGUUGUGUUGGACAACCUGAGAAAAAGUAGUGAGCCAUCACCUGGUGUUGGCAUACCGUGCUCCGUGGGAGAUUUUUUAUUUUAAGCGAUUAAAAGCUCUGUGAAAGCUGGCCAUUUUUUUGCACAAAAGAGAUGGGUUGGCAAGUAGACAAAGAGGGAGAGACGGAAAUAAAAACACAGAGAGAUCCGCCGAUGUUUGAGAAGACAAAUUCUAAAUAUGAGGAUACUCUAGAUAGAGAGAGAAAAAGAAAGAGAGGUAA